CGGCUUCCUGGAGAAGUCGGAUAUCGUCCUCCAAGGAGCUGACAACAAUGAAGGCAUUAGUGCUCACCCUCCUCUUCCUCCUCACUGCACCCAGUGAAGCCAAAAUAUAUUCCAGAUGUGAACUGGCCUCAGUUCUGAAUCAAAAUUGGGAGGAUAGAUAUCCGGGCGACUUGGACUACUGGAUAUGUAUGGCUUAUUAUGCAAGCAAGUACAACACCCAAGCUGUGGACGUGCAUAGAAGUGGCUACUAUGGGAUUUUCCAGAUUGCUAACAAACAUUGGUGCACAGAUGACAAUUUCCGUCCAACACGUGGCUGUAAUAAACCUUGCAGUGCUUUCAUAGAUGAUGACAUCACAGAUGAUAUUGCUUGUGCUAAGCGUAUUUGGAUGGAUCACCUACCGAGCACGAAGUGACUGAAAUCUUCAAAGAAACCACCAUACAUCGUGGUCUACAAAGACAUGCAUUAUGUUUAUUUUUAUUCUUAUUCCUUUUUUGAAGGUGGCCCUGGACCAAUAACUGCAUAGGACCAAAUAUGUCAAAAUGGAGCAGAGGCUGCAAGGGCUGAGAUUGGGAAGAAUGAAUGGGUGGGAGAGAGGGAAAGACUUUGCUUUUUAAAAUC